AUGCCUCCACGCGGAUCAUCAUCACAGCGAAACACAGAGUCCGAAGAAGAAGACGAACGACGAGGUAUUGUAAGGCCGAGUGGAGUGCCAAAGGCUAUUUCAAAAUCAAGAAGAAUGGCUGAAGCAGCCGCUGCAUCUUCCUCCUCUCAACCCUCUCAACAGCAGACACAGUUGAGGCUUACGAGUUCGGGUGGAUUGGCAAGGCCAAGAGGUGGUCGGGAAGAACCAUCAACCUCCCGAGGUUCUGAAACAGAUGAUGAAGCCUCGGAUAGAGAAGAGGAGCAUCGUGCAACUGGAAGAGUACCACCUACUCAACCUCCACAGCGAUCUACUGCAUCUUCAUCGGGAAGAGCUGGUGCAUCGAGGAGUGCAGCUGGAGCAUCAUCAUCAGCAGCCACUACGACAACAACAACCACUAGAAGAAGGCCACCGACAAAUAGGCCUCGAUCUAGACCUGGUGAGAAGGCUCUUUUGGAAAUUCGUCGAUUUCAAAAAACAACUCACUAUCUAAUUCCGAGAUUAUCUUUUGCUCGUCUUGUGAAGGAAAUUUCAGAAAUGGUAGCUGUCAAUAGUCGCUUGAGAUGGCAAGCUCAUGCCAUUGAAGCUUUACAAUCUGCUGCUGAAGAUUAUUUGAUUCAUCUUUUUGAAGAUUCUAAUCUUUGUGCAGCCCACGGAAAGCGAGUGACUAUUAUGGUGAAAGAUAUUCAGCUCACAAGAAGAAUUCGUGGUGUUGCACGAGAAGCUGUAUAUCAUUGA